AUGCCAUUCCUUCCUUCUGUGUGUAUCUAUGUCUGCCUUCCACAAAGAGGUUCAGCCAUCUUCGAUCUCCCUAAUGGAAGUUAUCUGUACGACACUAUAACUGGCAUUCGAGUUGGAAAGUUGCGCGUUCCAUCCUACGCGAAGGAAUUGAGCAAGCUGUCUAUCAGGAAUCUGCUGAAUAUAUCUCAUCAGUUGACAGACAUGCUAAAGAGAAGCGAUUUCAGUCGACGAGUCCUCAAGACCUUUAUCGAUUUUAAUCAAUCCCUCAUGCACGAUAUUUUCCUCCUUUUGGAUCCAGAAGAGUUCGAUUAUCUGCUUCCAAACAAGGCCACCGUCGGUUUCUAUAUUUCGAUUGAUUCUGACACCGGUCAAGAGGUAUCCUCUAUUGUGGAGACGGAGAUAAGCGCCAGAUUCCUCGACAUCUUUCAGCCCUCUAUUGAAUCUGAGGAGAUAUUCAUUGGUGCUCACUUUCAGACUUAUCUUCAAAUAGGAUUUUCAGACACGCCAGUGGUACAGAUGGCUUCUGGGUCGCAUUCGUCAAUGAAACUGUUCGACUUCGCAACACAGGACGAAGGUAUUUGCUCACUUUUCAAAUCACGAAUGAAAGAGAACGUUCGCAUUCCAGAAGACAUCACGGAAGCAGUUCUCAAACCGCGCGUCUUCAAACCCACAAUCCGUUCUGUUGUUCAAGCCGUCACUCCACCUUUCAACUCGCGUCUUCUUUACCUGCAACAACCAAAAAAUUUCCAACGGUCCGCCGACGCUGUCGGAAGGGCGGAACUUGUGCAGGAAUGGGCCUAUUUACGCCUGCUAAACGAAUCAGUGGCUGCAGUCAUUGAAAACCUGGCUCUGCGUUUUGGCAAUCUUAGGCGCGAUUUUAACGCCAUGAUCAACGCAAUGGAAGCCCUACAGAAUUCUUUUCAAUCACCUUCUUCCAAUGAUUAUCAGGUUGGUGCAUUUCUCCUCCACCCCUUUCCACGUACAACCCAAUUAAUUUUUACUUCAACCCAACAACUGGUUUGA